GAUCGCGUCGACGCCUACACGGCGCUGCGCCGAGCUCGCGAGAGUGCCGCCUCGGCCGGUCCAUCGUCCCAGAUCGAGGCGGCCGACGCGCAGGCCUCGAGCGUCGGCCCAGAGCGGCCCAGCUCGGCGCCCUUACCCGCACGAGACGACGCCGCCGGGCCGCCGCUGCCGCGCCGACCGCCUCGCGCGCUCGUCGAGGCGUCCCUCGGCCGGUCGAGCGGCUCGAGCGCGCCUGCCGGGUCGAACGGCCGCGCGCCGCAGAUCCCCGAGUUGAGCAUGUACACGGACCUCGACUUGCUCCUCGCGAGGCUCGAGGGGCGCGACGAGCAGAGGGUCGAGGGCGCGAGGGACGCAGGAGAGGGCUAUGAUGACUUCCUCCUCCUCUCGGACGUCCUCGGCCAAGCUGUGCCCGCCGGCGCGUCGGCGACCGAGCUCGCCGAGACGCUCACGGUCGCCCGGGUCGAGUGCGAGCGGCGCAGGGUCACCAAGAGCGGCAAGGUCAAGAGCAAGCUGAGCGUCGUCGGCGUGCGCUGCGUCGACUGUGCGAUCUGCCUCGCCCGAUUCAAGGUCGACCAGUUCGCUGUCGUCCUGCCCGAGUGCCUGCACAUCUUCCACGACCACUGCAUCCGCUCGUGGUUCCGCCUAUCGCGCGUCUGCCCCGUCUGCCGGGCGCCCACCUUUCCCGAGCCGCAGGCGCCGCAGCGCGACUUGCUCCAGUGAGCGUUCCCUACCUCCUUUUCCCCUCUCGCCGCCACCUCCAUCCCCGCGUCGCCGUCGACGGCCUUGUUUAUACGCAUUCAUCCUGCAACCCGUCAUCUUGCCUGGUCCCCUUCCUGUUGUGC